AUGGAGGCAAAGAACCUCUCCCAUGAAUUGGCGGACACCAAAACCGAUAUAAAAAAGGAAAACGUAUUGGUAGGGCACGGCACGACCGAUACCCUUGCUCCGGAAGACGAGAAGAAAUUGAUCAGGAAAAUUGAUUGGCGUCUAAUGCCGAUCUUAAUCACCUCCUACGGCCUUCAAUAUCUAGACAUCUUGCAUACAGUGCGAUACUCGGACUUCGUGAAGAUCUUGUAUGCUCGCCAUGAUCCAAACUUGUUACCUUCCAUUAACCGUGAGCAGAACCUUGUUGGCCAACAAUAUAGUUGGUCUUCCAGCAUUUUCUAUAUCGGGUAUCUUGUCGCAUCAUACCCAAUCUCACUCGGCUUCGUGAGAUUCCCAUUGGGGAAAUAUCUCAGCGUGUUAAUUUUUUUCUGGGGUGUUAUUUUGACCCUCCACGCUGUGACCAAUAACUAUGCGAAUCUCAUGGCGCUCCGGGCACUUCUGGGUAUAUUCGAGAGCGCUAUUAGUCCCGGGUUCUCCCUGAUCACGGGGAUGUGGUAUACCCCCCGAGAGCAUGUCUCGCGACACUCCAUCUGGUUUGCCGGGAAUGCGAUCGCCAGUAUUAUCGGGACUUUAAUUGCCUAUGGCCUUUUGAGGUAUGAGGGAACUUUGGCUCAAUGGAAGCUUCUAUUCCUCCUUUUCGGCCUCAUUACUGUCGCGUGGUCUAUCGUGACAUUUUUCUAUUUACCAGACUCACCGCAAACCGCCCACUUUCUUUCGGCUUCUGAACGGGAAUUUGCAGCGCUACGUCCUUAUAGGUUCCAAAGAACUACACAAACCAAGUCCUGGGACCGGGGGCAAUUCCUAGAGGCCCUCAAGGACGUCAAGUCAUGGUGGUUCUUCCUGUUCUCGUUUGUCAUUUGUGUGCCUAAUGGAGGCACGACAAGCUUCAAUACCCUAAUUAUUAAUGGUUUCGGCUACGAUAAGUUCCAGACAAUCUUGAUGGGACUACCUGCAUCUGCCUUCCAGCUGGCCACGGUUCUUCUAUCGGCCAUCCUAAGUUCCACGAUUCGGAAAUCACGAUUGAUCAAUCUUGUCUUUAUCUUCUUUAUGGCAAUGGCUGGUAUCCUCAUGGUGAAGCUCCUGCCACCCUCUGACAAGUUAUCACGACUUGCCGGUUUCUGGCUCGUUAUGGCAGUUUCCCCGGCCUUUCCGUUGAUGUUAUCUCUGGCAGCGAGUAACAUCGCUGGAUUCACCAAGAAAUCGACGGUAAUGGCCAUGAUAUUCCUUGGCUAUUGCGCGGGGAAUCUGGCCGGACCACAGUUCUUCGUUUCGGAGGAAGCACCCAACUAUCACACCGCCUAUACUACGAUCUUGGCCUGCUACGCGAUUACUAUCGCUCUAGUCAUCAUCUUUCGAUUUUACCUUGUGUGGGAGAACGCUCGCCGGGAUAAAGAGCAGGGUGUCAAACUUGAUCCCGAGGAAGUUCGUCGCGUCAACAUUGGUGCGGAUGAAGAUAUACUCCAGGUGGACGAGACAGAUAAGGAGAAUAGGUCUUUCAGAUACAUUCUGUAG